UGGAAAGUUGUGGCUCUAUAAAGAAGUCCUGCGGUGCCUUACAGCACAAUGCCCCCUCUUCAGAAACACUUCAGAGGUUUUGUUUAAACACUGCCCUGAAGAUACCUCACUUAGGAUCCCCACUCAAGACUGAGGGAUUCAAUAAACCUCAAGAGGACAGAGCCAGGUACCAACGGAGGAGCAUCACAGAAUUAUAGGCAAACCACCCACACUUCUGGGCAAAUCUUCUGCCAAGAGUGUUGUUCCCUGAUGAGUCAGCAAGCCUAACAAACGUUAGCCUUUAAUUUGCACAGAAGUCCACUGGUGGUUCUAGCUGACUCAGCUACUCAAAUUCAUUCUUGAAAAAAGUAGCAUUGUCCAGCAUCCUUAAAUACCAAGAAGAUACCUAAAAAGUUUUGGGUUUGGUGCUUAUUAAUGAAAACUAUGAAGUCGAAGGCCAACUUUGCUCAGAACCCAAGUUGCACCAUAAUGAUAUUUCAUCCAACCAAAGAAGAAUUUAAUGAUUUUGAUAAAUAUAUUGCAUACAUGGAAUCCCAAGGUGCACAUCGCGCAGGUCUGGCCAAGGUGAUUCCACCCAAGGAAUGGAAGGCCAGACAGACCUAUGAUGAUAUCAGUGACAUCUUAAUAGCAAGUCCCCUCCAGCAGGUGGUCUCUGGGAGGGCAGGUGUGUUUACUCAAUACCAUAAAAAGAAGAAAGCCAUGACAGUGAGGGAGUAUCGCCAAAUGGCAACUAGCAGAAAGUAUCAGACUCCACCACACUCUGAUUUUGAGGAUUUGGAGCGAACAUAUUGGAAGACUCGCCUCUACGAUACUCCGAUUUAUGGCGCUGACAUCAGUGGCUCCCUGUUUGAUGAAAACACUCAAGAGUGGAAUCUUGGCCACCUGGGAACCAUACAGGACCUGCUGGAGCAGGAGUGCGGGGUGGUCAUCGAGGGCGUCAACACGCCCUACCUGUACUUUGGCAUGUGGAAGACCACCUUCGCCUGGCACACGGAGGACAUGGACCUUUACAGCAUCAACUACUUGCACUUCGGGGAGCCCAAAACCUGGUACGUGGUGCCCCCAGAGCAUGGCCAGCGCCUGGAGCGCCUGGCCACCGAGCUGUUCCCAGGCAGUGCCCGCACCUGUGACGCCUUCCUGCGGCACAAGGUGGCUCUCAUCUCGCCCACUGUGCUCAAGGACAAUGGGAUCCCCUUCAGUCGGAUCACUCAGGAGGCUGGCGAGUUCAUGGUGACGUUUCCUUACGGCUACCACUCUGGCUUCAACCACGGCUUCAACUGUGCAGAAGCCAUCAACUUCGCCACCCCCCGAUGGAUCGAUUAUGGCAAAGUGGCAUCUCAGUGCAGCUGCGGGGAGGCCAGGGUCACCUUCUCCAUGGACGCCUUCGUGCGUAUCCUGCAGCCUGAGCGCUAUGAGCUUUGGAAGAGCGGGCAGGACCGAGCUGCUGUGGACCACAGGAAGCCCACCUGGCCAGUCAAGGAGGAGCUCAGCACCUGGAGGGAGGUCCAACCCCUCCGGAGAGCCAGGCAGGGCCUGAGGCACCUCCCACCCCGCUGGGCGGCUCGCAUCCACCGGCCUGUGGCCGCCAGUCGUGGGACUCGCCGUCACACCCCAACGUGCCUGGUGUCCCCACGCUCCUUGCCAGGCCAGAGUUCUUACUCUGAUGCCCAAUCUGGGCUUGUCCUGGCAUGCACAUCCCAGAAUCCGGGCCCCACCCGACCACCAACCCCGAUUCCCUCUGCCCCAGAUAUCCAUCCCUCAACUGGCAGACGUGGUCCUGGUCGUCGUCCUACGUAUAAAGGGGCUCAGGGGCCAAGCAUCCAGGCUCGGCCCAAGAAGCGCCUCUCGAUGGGAACAAAGCAAACUGCCCAGUACCCUCACGCUCAACCAGGACCUUUGGAUGAACCCUCAGUGGACAGCCCUGCACCAUUGAGCGAGCCCUGGACUCCAGCAACCUGCUGAGGCUUUUGGGUACAGCUGUGCCCUUGGCCCCUAAGCCCAGGGGAUACCAUUGUAACCCACUGCUCUUGUGUGUGGAGGCUCCUUGAGACUCGCCAGGUUUACAACAGAGUUUUGGGCUCACCUGCAGGUCCCUGGUCUUAAGACUUGAGCCCAUGUUCUUUACCAUGUUCACCAUAGUUUGUUCUUGCCAGACCCAGAAGUGUUUUUGGACACUUCUAAUUCCUGUGUUGCCAACUGAGGUUUCAUCCACUAGAUACCCUUGUGUCUCUUAAGUUAGAUCCUGCUGAAGUCACAAGAGCCUAAUUAUCCCAAGGCUCCUCUGGGCCAAUUGUGAAUGCUUCUGAGUUUUGGUUCUCCUCCAAUCUUCCUGCCUUUCUUCCAACCCUAUCCUUUCCCCCUUUCUCUUGCAAAACUAGGCUCUUUAACCAAAUGACCCCAUAGAGACUAAGAGAAUAAUUUAUGAUCUUUCUGAGUCUUGGAUGUAUUCGGACUAUGUUAUGGCCAGUAUUUGUUCACAAACGUAUUAAAGGUAACCACAAUGUUAAAAUUAAAAUUUGUUUCUAAUAAAUAUUGUACAUUCAAAUAA